AUGAUACUGGCAGGAACAUACUUGUCAAUACUUUUGUUUGCAGCCUUCCUCUUGCUUCUUCUAUCAGUACUUUCUACUCCCAUUACCAAGUUUGUGGCACUCGGAUCAUUCCACGAUGUCAAAUAUGGCGUCUUUGGCUACUGCCUGGGAGACAAAUGCACCAAUAUUGCAGUAGGAUAUCCACGAGGUGGCGCAUUGACUGAUGGCACUCAAACAUUUGAUUCGCCUAGUUCCGUUCGCUACACUCUGUCAACUGCUUUAUUCAUUCACCCUAUCGCAGCAAUCCUCACUCUCGUCGUGCUUUGUCUGACCGUUAGUUCUCACUCACACGGUGCAUCGCAUUCGUUGAAAUAUCUUACUAUCCUGUUCAUCUUGACCUCAAUCACUUUUGUGGCUUGUCUUGCUAGUUUGAUCAUAGAUAUGCUGGUUUUCUCUACUCAUCUAUCAUGGGGUACUUACAUAGUCUUGGUUGCGACCAUAAUUUUAGCUAUCAGCGACUUUGGCUCAUUUAUCAGACUACGCACCAUUAUUGCCAGAAAAUCUCACCAACAACGCACAGUACACAACGAAAACACGUCAGGCCGAGACUAUGAUAACAGAGACAGCGAGGCCAAGCCAGCUCCUGUAGUCGUCAGUCACCCAAUGGUUCCUACAAUAGGCGGAGGGGGCUCCAGAGAUGAGCAUCCAGUCUUUGUGACUUCUCAUAGUCGGAAAAAGAAUGACUCACCAACUGGUGAGAGGGCUUUCCCGGCACAACGAAGCGCUGGGGACAAGUUGGAAAAGGCAAUGCACAGCAACAUUACAGAUGCGGGAAGCGCCGUUGCGACAGGCAAAUCAACACAGCCGGAGGCACGAGUUCAUUACGGAAACACUUCAAACGAAUGCGGUACCAGCUAUGAAGAUUGCGGCAGGGAGAUGAAGAGUUAUAACCUUUCACUCGGUAGAGAGAAGCCCGGCAGGAGGGGGGAAUGCGGUCCUCCAACCCGAACCUUUGAACUACAGGGUCCUUCCCCCUUCCCACCCCAAGGCCUCUCUGAUAUGCGCCCGGGCCAAAAUGAGAGGAAACCUUCCAGCGGUGACCGCACACUGUCCGGAAAUCCUCGGCUGUCACAACCUGCAUUAGAUCGCAAAUCAACCGGAUGCCGCGGUGACCUGGUUGUUGAUGGGAAUGGAGUUCCUCGGGCUGAGGCUACUCCUUUGGGGAGGCAAAUCUCAGACGGUUUGCAGGCACCCGAGAUGAAUGCUAUUCCUCCCGUUCCGCCCGCAGCAAAUAUCUACGAACUCUAUGGUCAGUUCCCAAACGGCGAUGUAGAGGUUGUCGCGUCUGUUGGCUGGCAACAAGGCCCCUCCAUGAUUGCUAGUAGGCGUGCGACGUUUUUGAGUGACGAAAACCAAUACAGUAUCGCCAAGUACGUUCAUCAUGUCGUCCAACUACAUGUCGUCGUUCCUUCUAUUCGCUAA